GGUCGGGGUGGCGGGGUCGGCCGGGGCUGUUUUGGGAAGGAAGGGCUCUCCUGGUGCCGCUGCAGCAGCCUCAGCGCUUCCCCGGGGUGUGCGGUGAGGUGUCAUUAGCGCUGGGAGAGGGCUCCGGGAGCGCGGCUGAGCUGUGCCGGGAUGCGGGGUGCGCAUCCCUGUUCGGUGCCAUCACGCGGGGUCGCGCUGGGACAGGCGCUCCAGGGCCCGGGAAGGUGCGCGGUGCCGCUCCGCCGCAGGGCACCGGAGGGACCGAGCCGUAGGAGCCGUGCUACGUGGCAGGGUAGCGGGCUGGAGAGCCCGUCUGUUCCUUAUCGCUUCAAAUAAUUCAGCGUUUCGUUUCGCUAGAAAAUAGCCGUGAUGCCUGGCGUUAGCUAGGCUUGAAGGAGGACGUGGGGUUUGCUUUGGCGUUGUUGGCAGAGCCCUCUGUUUUGAAGUGAUUAUCGCUAAGUUUGUUGCCCAGAAGUUUAUGUAACUGAGGAAGAUCUAGGUGCAGAGACUCCCUUAUCUAGACCUUCAUGAAAAUUUGGAGGCAGGCUGGAGCUUGCAGCCAAAGGAUUAUUAGUUAUUUACUUACCAAAUUGUGUAGUAGUUAUAUUUUUUACAUUUUCCCUUCCACUGUACAUAUUUCUUGUGUAAAAAGAAACCCGCAUGUUUCUUCUUAUAUUAGAUUGGAAAGUCAUGUAGGAAAGACCAACGUCCUUAUCUUGUUUACAUGAUAUGUUUCUUGUCACAGGACCAUCUAUAAUCAAGACAUCCAUAUGGGUACAAGAGAUAAAAAGUAAUCUGAAAGAUGGUCCCAUGUUUACUCCUCACUGGAUCAGAAUUCAGUUCUCUUUUAAGAGACACGUAAAUUUUCCAUUAUACCUGAUGAUUUAAGCUGUAGUGGGGAAUUUAUACCAAUUUCUCAGCUUAACUGUUGGCCCAGAACAUGUGUUAAGCAAGGUUUACAAAAUCGGAAAGUACAGAGUUUGACUUAAGCUAUCUCCUUCUACCUCGAACUUAAUGUAAAGAAUAAUGUUGAAAUAUGUUACCAGUACAUUUUCUCCCUGUAAAAUGCCCAUUCCUACCUCUUGGGUGUUCCAGAAGUUUAGGGAUAUUGUUUCCAUGUGGUUGUUUUAAUUGAGAGAAACAUGGUAUUAAUUCCUGUAGGCAACUGCACCAGGCUUUUUUGUUGUUUAAUGUGUUAGUAGUAUAAACAUAGUUUUCAAAGUUUAAUUAAAAUUUUAGAUCACAUUUACAGCAAUCUUAUAGUUCCAUUGUAACAUUCAGCAGUCUCCAGUAUACCCACUUCAUCUAUUUUAUUUUUGCCUUAUGUCUUCUGUUGGCAGUGUUUUAUAACAUAAUUAUAUGAUAAAUGCUUCUGCCUUUUUCAGCCGAUGACUGAUUAAACUUUGCAUUGUUAAUUGUGGCUAAGAAAAUAUUAGGAAAACUCUUGGGUAUUUUUUCUCCAUGUAUGGACUUAUACAGAAUUUGAGAAUCUCACAAACUGAAAUCGUCCCAGAAGGACAAGGUCCGCCAGUUUAUGGCAUUUACCCAGGCUGGUGAAAGGACUGCUAUAUACUGCUUAACACAGAAUGAAUGGAAACUAGAAGUGGCAACAGACAACUACUUCCAGAAUCCAGACUUGUACUACAAAGAAUCCAUGAAAAAUUCAGUAGACAAGAAGAAAUUAGAACAAUUAUAUAAUCGAUACAAAGACCCACAAGAUGAAAAUAAAAUUGGCAUUGAUGGGAUUCAGCAGUUCUGUGAUGAUUUAAGCCUGGACCCAGCCAGUAUCAGUGUUCUGGUUGUGGCAUGGAAAUUCAGGGCAGCCACGCAAUGUGAAUUCAGUAAAAAAGAAUUUAUUGAUGGCAUGACAGAGUUGGGGUGUGACUCCACAGAAAAGCUAAAAGCUUUAUUGCCAAGGCUGGAACAAGAGCUAAAGGAUCCAGCAAAGUUCAAAGAUUUUUAUCAGUUUACUUUUAACUUUGCUAAAAAUCCUGGACAAAAAGGUCUAGAUCUAGAAAUGGCAAUUGCAUACUGGAAUUUAGUCUUGUCAGGAAGGUUUAAAUUUUUAGAUCUCUGGAAUAAAUUUUUGUUGGAACAUCAUAAAAGAUCAAUUCCAAAAGAUACUUGGAAUCUUUUGUUAGAUUUUGGAAAUAUGAUUGCAGAUGAUAUGUCCAACUAUGAUGAAGAAGGAGCAUGGCCUGUUCUAAUAGAUGAUUUUGUGGAAUAUGCACGACCAGUAGUCACAGGAGGAAAACAUAAAACUUCCUAACCCCAGAUUUGUCGAUCUGGACUAAAUGAACUGCAGUGGGUAAUGAAGAUUUGUUAGCUGAUAACUGCACGUUGGUGCUGGUUUCAGUGGUCAUGAUGACAUUCUGCAGACAAAACUGCAAUUCCUCCUUUCUGCCUAAAGAAAAUGAUGACGGACGUGUGGACACUUCAAGAACAAACUCAGAAGAUCCAAGCUGUUUGUAGGCUAUUGGCUUCAAUUAUUGUACUGGUUGUAUCAUAUAGGAUGUAGAUUUUGCAUGAUUUUAUACUUUGGAGAAGUUUAACUAGAGGCCAUUUUAUUAAAGUUUUGACAGCACAGCAUGCCAUUCAGUUCAUAAUCCAAAGUGAACACCAGCAGUUACAUAAAUAAAAAUGUAUUAUAUUGUACUUAUAUUAAAAGCAGUAUUUGUGGUAUAUAAAUUAAAUCCAUAAAUAAAACUUAUGCAGUAUGUUGUAUUUUUAUAAAAGUUAGUUCUGUGGAUCUGUCUUAAUACAGAGUUGUAAAAAAACCCCAAACAAAUGAAGGUAUGCUUUUUUUUGUUUUUAACUUAUUGCCAAAAUGUUAAAUUUGUAUUUUUACAUCCUAGGUGUAUACAGUGAUUACAUCCAGCCUUUUGCUCUCUCCCAAUGAAUUUGACUUCCUCAUUUUUCUUGUUGAAGUGCUUGGACAUGUGACAAUAGCAUUGCUGAGGACAGGCUGCUGCUCUAUGCUGUGUUGCGACUCCAGCUUUUUGUAGUAACCAUUUUAAAGCAGACAUUAAACAACCAAAGAUGCUUUUAUAAUUCAUGUUUAGUUAUCAUAAUUCAGUUAGUCUCCAAUAUGUGUUUUAUUUAUUUUUAAUAAUUAACUGGUGGAAUAUGGAUUUUAUUUGUAGCUUGAAACAUAUCAUACAUUUUAGCUAAGUGUAACAUAGUUGUAAAUUCAUUUCCUGGCACUUCUCACAGAAAAUAGAUGUGAGUAAGCCCAAAGACUUAACUACUUGGCUUCCAUGGUGGAGAAAUAAUUAGGGGUAAGGAGACUUUAUAUUAAUGAUUACAAGUGUGCAUGCCUGUGAAUGUGUUGUGCAUUCAAUUACUUUUAAGGGGAAUAAAAAGCAAAUUAAUGCAGUUUCUGUGA